ACGGGGCAGGGGUGAUUUGGAGGAGGAUGGAAGGCCUGUGGGUGCCAGUUGUGUGGUGACCCUGGACUGAGGCCUCCUUGCACUUCAUGGGCUGGAGCUGUGGGGCUGCAGCGGGAAAGCUUGCACCUCACUAUUUAGGGCUGCGGGAGUCUUCACCAUAGCCCACGUUACCAUGGCCACCCACUUCUCCAAGGAUCAGGAGGAGAGAAUCAAGUGUGUUAAGGGGGACCUUUUCUCGUGCCCCCAGACGGACUCACUGGCUCAUUGCAUCAGCGAGGACUGUCGCAUGGGUGCAGGCAUAGCUGUUCUUUUUAAGAAAAAGUUUGGAGGCGUACAAGAGCUGUUGGAUCAACAAAAGAAGACUGGGGAGGUGGCAGUUCUCCAAAGAGAGGACCGAUACAUUUACUACCUGAUUACAAAGAAGAAAGUUUCUCACAAACCAACAUAUGAGAAUAUGCGAAAGAGUUUAGAAGCCAUGAAAGCUCACUGUCUAAACAAUGGAGUUACUGACAUUUCCAUGCCUAGGAUUGGAUGUGGACUUGACCGCCUGGAUUGGAAUAAAGUUUCAGCAAUACUUGGGGAAGUGUUUGAAGACACAGAUAUAAAGAUCACAGUUUACUCUCUGUGAGCAAAAGGGUUUAAAGAGCGCCCCAUUUCCCUUGCUUUCAGGAGUGGAAACCUGUUAACUGAUGAGGGGGGAAACUGCAUGCUGAGCACAUUCUUCGUCUGAGCGUAGCUCACUCUUGUGUUGUCAGUGGCAGUGGCUUUUAAAAACAAACAAAAAAAAAAAGCUCCAGAGCAGCUAAUUUGGGAUGUAGUGUUCAGGGAGCCUGUGAAGAAGGCAGGGCUGUUGUGGUAACCCUCUGGGAGUUCCUGAUCUGUCCCAGCAAGCCACCAGAUGUCACUGGUCCUCCAUGGAGCACAUGCCUGUGCUAGAGCUUCUACUUAAAGCUGACAGUUCCUGUGCAGAGUGAAAUUGGAGCUGUCUGUUGCUUAGGUAUUUGUUGGUUUGUAGUUACGGUUGAUAAUGAUGAGCUGUGGAGCCUUGUCACUUUUUUUUAAGGUUCUGCAGUGUUCAUAUCUGGCAUACAGUUUACUUACUCUGUUUGUUACAGGAUUAAAAAUUUAAUUUCGACCUUCUGGCCACAAAUACAAUUUUUUGUUAUGAGAUUGUACUCACUAAGAAUCAUGCUGUCAACAUUAAAUAAAUAGCUCUUCAGUACUCUGCUGUCUGAUCAGAGCACGAUCCUUUUGAAGAACA